AUGGUGCUGACGGGGACAUCGGUUACAGUGAGGUCGGUGAGGUUGACGAAGUGGGAGAGCCAGACGCCCGUGAGGUGUUUGAGAGAAUGCGCACAAGUGAAAAAGCGGAGGGCGAGGGCGAGAUCUGAAGGGAAACAGAUAGGGAUAAUGGGGCAGUCGGUGAAGGAGAGAGACUGGAGGGUGGAGAGGGACUUGAGGGCAGUGAAGGAGAGGGAAACGCCGUUGGAGAAAUUGGAGAGGUGGAGGGAGACUACGUGGUGGAAUGGGGAAGACUGGGCGGAGGGGUCUUUGGCCGUUGGAAUUCUGAGGGACUGGAGGGCUCGGAGCUGCUUUGGGUGUAGUGUGGAGUGGGUUGAAGUGGAAGGAGAUGGGAUGGUCUUGGAAGGAGGGACGCUGACCGGGGAAGAGGUUGGGGUGACAGCUGGAGCGGCGGCGGUGGUGGGCAUGGUGGAUUUGCUGGUUGCAGAGGUGGUGGCAGAUGCGGAGCUGUGCUAG